AUGCCCAUCGUAGUUUUGCCAGAUGACGGCGACGACAGUAUCCCUGCGUCACCAGUACCCAAGGAAGACGCACAAGAUACGUAUGCUUCUCCCGAUCAGAAGUCCUCACUCGAUGGAUCGCUCUCUCUUUUUUCGAGCAAACAGCCACACGCUGGUAAUUAUAGCGUUGACUACGGGGACCUGUCCGUCGAUCCCUUGACGUAUCCAGUAGACCAGGUUCCUUGGCCGCCAGGCACCCCUGCUCCAUACGCCUUCCUUGUCCACGGCCUCGUAACACUCUCAGGCACCAAGUCACGCAUAAUUAUUCUCAACGUUCUGACCAAUGUUCUCUGCACCCUGCUAAGACACCACACUGACUCCGUCCUUCCGGCUCUGUACCUGCUGUCUAAUACUCUGACGCCUCCGUAUUCUCCACUUGAGCUUGGUUUGGGAGGAUCCAUCAUCUCCAAGGCAAUCCAACAUGUCUCUGGUUUGACACCGGCUGCCCUCAAGAAACUCUACGUCAAGUCUGGUGAUCCAGGCGACGUUGCGUUUGAAGCCAAGUCGAAUGUCCGUACUCUCGUGGCUCAUAAACCGCUUUUGAUCACCGGCGUCUACGAUUCUUUGCUGAUGAUUGCACAUACCAAAGGUGAAGGUGCUACGAAGCGAAAGCAGUCCAUCGCUGAAAAGCUUCUUGUAUCUGCCAAGGGCGAGGAAAGCAGAUACUUAGUCCGAACGUUAUGUCUAAAUCUUCGGGUUGGUGCGGUCAGACUAUCCAUUCUGACCGCCUUGGCUCGGGCCGUCGUCCUUACUCCACCAAGUGAUGUGGCAGAUUCUACUGAGUCCCUUUACUUCGACAGCUCUCUUGUAUCUUCGGACGUCACGUCAGCAGCGCAAAAGGGCAAGAAGAAGGACAACCCCGUUCGUGAACAACUGGUGGCUAAAUGGAACUAUGCAGAAGCUCUCAUUCGUAGAAUAUACGUGCAACAUCCCAAUUACGAUCAUAUAGUCGAGGGUAUAAAUUCCGGGGGACUCAACGGACUGGCGGGCCGAGUUCCACUGACCAUAGGUAUACCUCUACAUCCUACUCUCGGUUCACCUACUCGUUCUUUGGACGAAAUUUACGAGCGACUCAACAACCAGCCCUUUACGGCUGAGUUCAAGUACGAUGGGCAACGUGCUCAAAUCCAUGGUAAGAGGAUGGCAAACGGACAAAUCGAUGUUAAAAUUUUCUCGCGGCACCUGGAGGAUAUGACUAGUAAAUACCCCGACGUCGUAUCCUUGGUCUACGACAUAUUUUCGAGAUCAGAACACUUGUCUUCAUUCAUCACAGACUCGGAGAUUGUCGCGAUAGAACCAAAGACGGGAGUUCUCAGAUCGUUUCAAGAACUUUCUAACAGAGCACGCAAGGACGUCACACUAGGCGAUAUUAAGAUAUCUGUUUGCGUCUACUUGUUUGACCUUAUGUAUUUGAACGAUAAGCCCUUUCUUGAGCACCCUUUCCGGGAACGGCGGGAGAGACUUCGAGAGUGCUUCCCACCUUUCGUUCCAGAGGAUUCGCGGUUCGCUCGGUUGGACCACGUCGAUAGUUGUGAGAGCACAACUGGCAGGGAAGCAAUAGAAGAAUUUUGGCAACGGGCGGUAGAGAGCAGCUCAGAAGGUCUCAUGAUAAAGCUUCUGGACAACACAGAGGUCGAAGCUACCGACGGAGCGGAGAAGGAGAAAGGCAGGAAGAAGCCUUUGCCCGCCACUUACGAACCAGAUAAGCGGACUUCCGCGUGGCUUAAGCUCAAGAAGGACUACGUCGAGAGCGUCGGUGACAGUCUGGAUCUCGUACCCGUGGGUGCAUGGUAUGGGAAUGGACGCAAGGCCGGGUGGUGGAGUCCAAUUCUGCUUGCCGUUAGAGAUGCCGAGUCCGGGCGACUUGUCGCUCUAUGCAAGUGUAUGUCAGGGUUCUCUGAUGCGUUUUACAAGUCGAUGAAAGCCGAAUACGCAGAGGACACCGAGAACUGUUCGCCCGUGCCAAGGUGGGAAAGCGAAAUGGGAGGCUUUAGGCCUGACAUGUACUUCAGGCCUAUACAUGUAUGGGAGGUCAGGGGGGCAGACAUAACAAUAAGCCCUGUAUCGGUAGCUUCUUUGGGAUCUGCCUCCGCAACGCGUGGGUUAAGUUUGCGUUUUCCCCGCUUCAUUCGCGUCCGUGAUGACAAGGCGAUCGAAGAUGCAACUAGCACGGAGCAGCUCACCGAAUUAUGGCGGGGCCAGCAAAGACGUGGAAAAGGUAAGGAUGGCGAGGGCGUGGAUGACGGAGACCUGGUCGACGUUGUGAUGCCGGAGUCAGACAUGGGAAGCGAAGAGGACGACUAG